AUGGCUAAGGAAAAUCAGACUCUGCCUGAAUUCCUUCUUCUAGGAUUUGCUGACCUCAGGACUCUGCAGAGGCCCCUGUUCUGGGUGGUGCUUCUGGUCUACCUGGCCACCUUGCUGGGUAAUUCUGUGAUCAUCUUCCUCACUCAGGGUAUCCCUGAACUGCACACCCCCAUGUACUUCUUCCUGCACCACCUGUCAGUGGUAGAGCUCCUCUACACCACCAACAUCAUGCCCAGAACCCUCGCUGACCUGGCCUCCCCACACCCCUGGGCCAUCUCCUUCCAGGGCUGUGGCAUGUAUGUCUUCAUUGUCCUGGGCAUCUCAGAGUGCUGCCUGCUCACAGCCACAGCCUAUGACUGCUAUGCUGCCAUCUGCCAAUCCCUGUACUACCCCGCCCUCAUGAGCCAGCAGGCCUGCUCAGCCAUGGUGGGCAUCUCCUGGCUCAUGGGCAUCAUCACAGUCACGAUGGACUCCUCACUCAUCUUCACUCUGCCUUUCCCCAGCUGCCCAGUGGUCCCGCACUUCCUCUGCGACAUCCUGCCAGUACUGAGGCUGGCCAGUACAGGGAAGCCCAGGAGCGAGAUCUCCGUGAUGACAGCCGCUGCGGUCUUCAUCAUAGUCCCAUUCUCUCUGAUUGUCACCUCUUAUGCCUGCAUCCUGGGUGCCAUCCUGGCAAUGACCUCCACCCAGAGCCGCCACAAGGUCUUCUCUACCUGCUCCUCCCACCUACUGGUGGUCUUCCUCUUCUUUGGAACAGCCACCAUCACCUACACCUGGCCCCAGGCAGGCUCCUUGGCCAGCACAGACCGUAUCCUCAGCCUCUUCUACACAAUCAUCACACCCAUACUCAACUCCAGCAUCUACACACUUUGGAACAAGGAGGUGACAGGGGCCUUGUGGCAAAUGGUGAAGAGGCAGGGCUUCUCACCCUGA